AGUUCGGUCUCGUCGGUUCGAUUUUUCGGUUUACUGCCGGCAUGUGCAGCCCGCAGCAGCCCAAAAAAAAGUGCAGCAGAUCUCUCUCCCACCAUGGAGUUCAGACUUUAGAGUUCUAGUAAGUAGCAACUGUACAAGUGUAGAAGAAGGAAUAUUACUGAGUUAGGUUCGUGAUCCGAGGGUUGAGGGAACUAAAAUACAGCAGGCAGCAGCGUCGCGAUUUCUUCUCCAGACUCCAGUCGGCAGCGAUUACAAAUGGUUGUACUGCAAAUUAAACGGAAGAUAACGGCAUCAGCAUGGCCAGAUUCUCCCAGGGAAAUUUAAGGGGAAACAACGGUGUCCUCUGCAUCUGCUCAUUUUAAGCCUACCUAAGACAUUUUCCGUCUACACUUUCCUUGUAAUGGAGGACCAAAGAUGUGACACUAUGGGGCUUGAUUUGAAUCUUGAACUUUCUGAUCCACUGUCUCCUAAUUUAGCACAGACACUAGAAGAAAUAUUAGCAAAUGGAGCUGGAACCAUCCAUCAGGAACAGCUUCAACAAACUGAAGCAGCUGUGAGUAGGCCCAGUCCCAGGUAUCACUGGAGCUUGAGACAGUUCCAAUUCCCACCUGAGGCAAUGCAAAGGAACAACAAUAAUGUUACAGUGAGAGCGGAGCCAAUUGUUGAUCGUGGUAGUGAGGCGCUGCAGGCCAGGGAUGGCAUUAUGGUUGCAGAAGAAAGGAACAUUGAUGACAGCAUAUCUUGCAAUGGAAGUGCUGGUGAUUUGUUGGACAAUCCAAUGCAGAAUGGGAAGGAUGUUGAGAAGUGGAGUGGAAAUGGCAUUUGUGUUUUUGAAUGCAAUAUAUGCUUAGGCAUGGCCAGAGAUCCUGUUGUUACCCGUUGCGGUCAUCUAUACUGUUGGGCAUGUCUAUACCAGUGGUUGCACAUUCAUUCAGAUGUAAAAGAAUGUCCUGUAUGUAAGGGAGAGGUGAUGGAUACAAGCAUUACCCCAAUUUAUGGUCAUGGAAGCAAUUCAAAUGAAAUGGUAAAAGAAGGGGAGUCUGGACAGGGGAUCCCUCCUAGGCCUCAUGGACAGCGUAUUGAGAGCCUAAGACAGACCAUUGAUAGGGUGACAAAUACAAAUCCUUUUGAUAUUGAUGCAUGGAUCAGCCACAUUCACAAUAGGAUUGAUGAGAUGGGGGGUUCACCUUCAUCACAAAACCUUGGUGGUUCCCAUGUGACAUUGGCUGAUGAUCCUAGCUCAUUGACAAGGGGAAUUCUUAAUCCCAGGGGAAUGCAUAGAGAGGGAUUAUUGGCACAAACUCCAGUGUUGACAGCAAAUAUGAUUGGACCAGAACAAGAAACUGUUGAUUUAAUGCAAGACAUUUCAUCCAAUUUUGAAGCAGCAAGUAGGCAGCGUCUUCUUUCUUUGCAGAUUAUGAGACUGCAAGUACAAAGAAUUGUUUCAUAUGCACGCUUUCUUUCUGCGAUAAAUUCAGCUGAGAGAUUGGUUCAGGCAUAUUUUCUUGGACAUUCUACAAGAAGAAACCAUAUUCAGCUUCCACCGGUUGAUGAUAGAGAUUCCAAUUCCAGUAUUGGAGCUGUUAUACAGUUGGGAAGCCAAACAGUAGAUGGUGCUGCAGAAACAGAUUCUAUUGGUUCUAGAAGAGAAGCUGAUGCUCCAAGGGCAUCAGAUGGGGAUAUUGGAAUGUUCCCUGCAACUAGACGGCAAAGGUUGAACUGAUAUGAAUCUGUGUCUAGUUAUUGCCUUCUAGGACUUUAGAAUCUAGGUUUCCUGUAAAAUUCGGUACCAUGUAUAUUGCUGAUACAUGGGUAAGUGCCAGUUUUUGUUAUGAGUUUUGGCUUCAAGCUGUUUUCUCUUUUUCAUUUCCCCUCCUCAGUUUGGAAUUAUUAUUGAGUUAAUGUAAACAGUGUAUUAAAAUGUUUGCUGUAUACACAGGGGUUGGUUUGCUAUGGAUGACUCUGUCGUUCAGGUUCUCCUUUAAAGAGCUUACCUAUGUUAUAUGUAUGUCAAGCCAAUUUGUAUAUAAACAAGCAAGUCAGGUUAUUGGUAA